AUGUCGUUUGGUCCUCGGAAAGCAACAGUACCGGCACGGCCAACCCGGCCUAGUGUAGUGAAAAAACCCAUCAGUAAACCGACAUCCACUCGUACAAAUCCUCUCAAGCAACAGCAGCAAGUUAUAAAACCGAAAGGACCACCUGUGACGGCCACGCCUAGUGCCCCAAAGAAAGUCACACCUAUUGCGCCAAAACCAAGCAUUCCCAAACCACCGUCACCCGAACCAGUGUACGAUUAUGAGUCAGAUUUUGAAUCCGAUGAAAGUCAACCGGCAAGUGUAGGUUGUUCCAGUUCGGAAAGCAGUGCUGAGAAUACGGAAUCGAACAAUUCUUCCUCGGAAGGUGGUGACGACGAGGAUGAGGAUGAAGGGGAUGAAAAGCUAGAGUCAAACACAGCAAAGGAAAGUGAAACGAUUGCAGAACCUCAAACUGAAAGGAAGACACAAGCUAGUGUACCAAAGCAUGGCAGAAGUGUGGAUAUUCUGAGUAAAAUAUCACUUAACGACAUUACGGUACAACUGUACCAAUUUGAUCCGGAAGAGUAUGAAGAACUGAGAACGAACUUUGGUAUCACCACUAGCGUCGCAUACGGGAAGCAUACGCAAACCGACUCCUCUCUAGUGUCCGCAGCUUCACAAACAUCGGGAAUUUCUGUACGAGAGCGCUCAACUUGCAUGCAUGAAGGAUUUCGAGGCCGGAAUAAGAUCGAACAGGAAGAGGACUGGAUCGUUCAAGCGCAUGAUAACGAUGAUGAGCAUGAAGCGGUUCAGAAUUAUAGCAGUUUGCAGAAUAUUGAAAGAAUGUUUUCCACACUCAAUGGGACAUUAGAGCGACAGUUUUCCAGCGAGUCCACCUCAAGAAACAGACUCAUCCGAACGCGAAACAAACGAUCUCACACCAAUCAGCACGGUAUGCUACAAUUUCUACGUAGAGCAGCCCCAGCAAUGGAAGCUUUACUGGAGUCUAAACGGUUUCAUUUGCAAGCAGCUCAUAGUUCUCAAGAAGGAUCAACAGCAGAGUUACUGCGAGAGCAUUCAAGUGAAGCUAUACGCUCUUUCGAUGCUGGUAAAAUGUGUCCCGAGUUCGAGAUAAAGCUAGUGCAAGCUAAGGGUACCGCUACAGUGGAACAGGCGGAUAGCUGUGUGCUCGAAUUUUGGGCACGUGGUACCUACUCGAGGCCAAUGUAUCGAUUCUCGUCGUGGUGUAGGAUUGUUUGCAUAGACUACGACUAUCGGAAGCAUAUGAUGGUGUUUGGUGGCACUAGUGACGGAACCCUCCAGAUGUGGCUGGGCGAUGCAGGCCGGAGUCAGAACCAAGUUUUGCCACCACAUCAAAUUUUAGCCCCAAAAUUGCACCAAAAGCAAAAGCUUAACUGCUGGGAAAUGGUGGCAGUUAAAGUACUUCCCGUGCCAGUUACUCGGGAUAGUAGUGUGGAGAUUGGUAAUGAAAAUGCAUUCAACCAGGUGUUUGGGCUAUUCUCCACUGGAAUCAUUGUAGUAUGGAACGUGGUGACACAGAAGAAUGGAAACUCCAGUACAGAUCAUGUACUAAGUGCAAAGAUAGGACCACAGGGAGUUUCAUUGGUGCAAGCAAAGGUGAUAGACUUGAGCAAUCGCAUCGGAGGCCGUUUACCGUACGAUGCAUUACGCACCUUUGAAAAUUUGCUGCUACACGAUCAUCAUCAGAUGGUACUAUCAAGCCAUCAAACAGUGAUUCGUUUGAGUCACUUCGUUCAAUCAGAAUUUGAUCCUAUUCUAUUAAUCAAACCGGAUGAUUCUCACUCCAUAACCAACCUCAAACGAAUGAUUCAAGCAAACGAUACACUGUUCGUUCUAUACGCGAAUAAAACUGUUCGCGUUCUUAAACUUUGCACCGAACCGGGUGGACGAGAAUCGUCACAGCGUCGCCAUCGAAAGCAAGACGACCAUCCGCACCUAAUGCUGAGCGUUUGUACCAAUAAAUCGUGCACCAUUCAAAGUAUUGUGCAUGAUGAGGCUAAACGGUAUGGAAGCUCUAACGGUACGGGAGAAGGACGUGCGGAUGGUGGCACAAUCGCGCCAAAAAUGACCGAUCCAGAGAAGGGAGACGAUGGCAAGGUGGACUCAAAGCCACGAUUUCAUCAUGGACAACAGAUUUUAUUUUUUGAUCCACUUCAUCCACACGGUAUACUGAAAGAAGCGCAGCUGGGCGAGAGUGCUGUCGGUUCGUACCGUGAAAGGAAAUUAGUUUAG